CGCGCCGGCACGCUCGAAGGUAGAACUCGCACGUCAUGUCGAUGAUGGGCAACAGCGCGGGGACGAACGUCCUCGGCGAGGGCGCGAGCGAGGAGAAGGGCGAGCACGCGCGCCUCGCCUCCUUCGUCGGCGCGAUGGCGAUCAGCGACCUCGUCAAGUCCACGCUCGGGCCGAAGGGGAUGGACAAGAUCCUGGUCUCCAUGGGCCAAGGCAACCACGUGACGGUCACGAACGACGGCGCGACGAUCCUCAAGUCCAUCUACGUCGACAACGCCGCCGCGCGCGUCCUCGUCGACAUCAGCAAGGCGCAGGAUGACGAAGUCGGCGACGGCACGACGUCCGUCGUCGUCUUCGCGGGGGAGCUCCUCCGACAGGCGGAGCAGCUCGUGAACCAGAAGGUGCACCCGAUGACGAUCAUCCAGGGGUUCAGGGAGGCGUGCACGGUCGCGAAGGCGGCGCUGGAGGCGGAGGCGAUCGACAACGCGGGGAACGACGAAGCGUUUCGCGCGGAUCUGCUCAACAUCGCGCGCACGACGCUGUCGUCGAAGAUUCUGACGCACGACAAGGAUCACUUCGCGAAGCUCGCGGUGGAGGCGGUGAUGCGACUGAAGGGCAGCGGGAACUUGGAGAUGAUUCAGCUGAUCCAAAAAGCGGGCGGGUCGCUGAAGGACUCGUUCCUGGACGAGGGGUUCAUCCUCGACAAGAAGUUCAACGUCGGGCACCCGAAGCGGAUCGAAAACGCGAAGAUUCUCCUCGCCAACACGCCGAUGGACACGGACAAGAUUAAGAUCUACGGCGCGCGCGUGCGCGUCGACAGCAUGUCGAAAGUCGGCGAGAUCGAGGCUGCGGAGAAGCAAAAGAUGGCGAACAAGUGCGAGAAGAUCGCCUCGCACGGCGCCAACCUGUUCAUCAACCGUCAGCUCAUCUACAACUACCCCGAGCAAGUCUUGAUGAGCAGAGGCGUGACGUCCAUCGAGCACGCCGACUUUGACGGGAUCGAGCGGCUCGCGCUCGUGACCGGCGGCGAUAUCUGCUCCACGUUCGACGACCCGGGCGGCUCGAAGCUCGGGACGUGCGAUCUCGUCCAGGAGAUCAUGAUCGGCGAGGACAAGCUCAUCAAGUUCUCCGGCGUCGCGAAGGGCGAGGCGUGCACCAUCGUGCUUCGCGGCGCGUCGUCGCACGUGUUGGGCGAGGCGGAGCGAUCGCUGCACGACGCGCUCUGCGUGCUUCAGUCCACGGUGAAGGACUCGCGCAUCUUGCCCGGCGGCGGGUGCCCGGAGAUGGUCAUGGCCAGGGCGGUGGACGAGCUCGCGGCGAAGACGCCCGGGAAGCGGUCGCUCGCGAUGGAGGGCUUCGCGAAGGCGCUUCGGAUGAUCCCGACCAUCAUCUGCGAAAACGCCGGCUUGGACUCGAGCGAGAUCGUGUCUCAACUCCGCGCGUGCCACGCGGACGCGGCGGUUCGGUCGAACAUGGGCGUGGACAUCAUCACCGGCGAGACCGGCGACAUGGUGAAGAACGGCAUCACCGAGUGUUUCCGCGUGAAGCAGCAGAUUCUGUUGUCCGGCACGGAGGCGGCGGAGAUGAUCAUUCGCGUCGACGACAUCAUCAAGUGCGCGCCGCGUCAACGCGAGGAGUGAGUGAUCUGAUCGAUCGCCGGCCGCGAGGGGGACGACGACGACGACGACGACGGCGAGAGGGAGAGAGAGAGAGAGAGAGAGAAGAGAGCGCGACGGGAGGGAGGAGGGAUUCAUACAUUUUACCGGAUAGGCGCCGCCGCGCGUAGCUUUGCGAGGUCGACGAGAGAAGUUACGAGCACUCUGCU